AUAUCUUCGGUCCAAUACUAGAGUUCCCAAAAUAGGACUGUUAAAUUACAAGCGCUUUCGCCCCGAUCCUCCAAGAAGGAGCGAGAUGCCACCCACAGGAAACCCACCGGCAGGAAAUUCGCCGGCAGGACAUCCACCCGUUCUAGCAUGUCCGCCUUCACUUUUGGAUAAAGUGGAUGAGAUCAGGAGGCUAGGAUUGCAAGACAUGAUCUCCUUGCCACAAAUCGCAGUGGUAGGAGAUCAAUCCAGUGGCAAAUCCACUCUUCUCGAAUACAUCUCCGGCGUCACCUUCCCGAAGGAUGCAGGAAUGUGUACUUGCUUCGCAACCGAAGUUUCUAUGAGGCCAGCAGCUGAGUUCUCCUCCAAGGUGUUCAUCAACAACAUAGCCGACCAUCGUCUCGAAGAACCAAGAUCGCCAGAGGAGGUAGCUGGAGUCAUCCAAGAAGCCAAAAGGUUGUUCGUCAAGGAACAUGGUCAGAAAGCGAUCUACGAUGAUAUACUCACUGUCGAGUUAAAUGGUCCCGGCUUGCCCAUACUCACUUUGGUCGACCUCCCGGGAUACAUCCAUACUCAUUCGACCAGACAACCAGAAUCGAUCGUGGAAGAGAUAGAAAAUCUAGUCCAAGGUUACUUGAAUAGCCCGAGGACGAUCAUAAUGGCGGUGAUACCUGUUAACCGAGACUUCGAGACAAACGUCGUGAUCAAACACAUUCGAAGGUUCGAUCCGGAGGGCAAAAGGACCUUAUGCGUGCUAACUAAACCCGAUCAGGUCGACUCUGGAACUGAAAGAGCUGUCUUGGAUGUUCUUUCGGGCAAGAAGAUGCGUCUUUCUAGAGGAUACCAUAUCAUUAAAAACAAGAACUACGAAGAAUGUCAAGCGGGCGACAGUCGGGCAACGACCGCCAUCAAAGAAUCUAAAUUCUUUUCCCGUCCGCCCUGGUCCUCUAUCAGUCCGACUGAAAAGGGGAUUGCCAGUUUUGUCGCAAGAUUAUCUGAUGCCUUAACAGCUCAGGUGACCAAGGAGCUCCCAGGAAUCAAGAGAGAAAUCCAGAAUAUGCGAGAAAAACUCAUCAAGCAGCUCGAUUCUCUCGGUCCAGUGGUCGGGACGGACCUUGAAAAAUCUAAUCUACUCCAAAAGAACAUUAAUCGUAUCAUGCAGCAAAUUAAAUUCCUUGUUGACGGGCACUACAGUGGAGGUAGAUAUUCGCGCAAAUAUUUCAUCAGAGCUCGAGUUCAAACGCUUAACCGGAACUUUUACAAACACAUCCUUUGCCUCACAAUGGAAAGCGUGGAGGCCCUCGAUGUUGCCAAGAUUCUACAGGAAAGUAGAGGGCGAGAGCUACGGGGGAUGGUGCAAUUCGAUCCGUUUGUGAUUCUAUGCAGAAAGGUGAUCAAGAGGUGGUCCCUACCCACCACCAAUCACAUCACUAAGAUUUGCAGCUUGGUUCAGAGUAUUUCGUGCGAAGUGAUCGAGAAGGAGUGCCACAAGAUCCUGGUCGAUUACUUUUUGGAACGGAUGAUUGAGUAUAUCGAUAACCAACAGAAAAAGAUUCAUCUGGAUGCCGCCGAAAUCUUUGAUGAUGAACUCACACCUCUGACCUGCCAAGAAUUUGAUUUCCCAAGCGUCUUUGAUUUCCCAAACGUCGGAUCGGCCUCGACGCCAGUGCAUCCUUCCCCGCCUGUUCGGCAACUACGAGAAGAACCUGCGCCUCUGAUCUGCCAAGAAUAUGAUGUACCGACCCCCGUAUCGGUCUCGAAGCUUCUCCAUCAUUUAUCGGCUACUCAGCUUGCCCCAGUUUCGGCAAUCUCCACCCAACGCUUGGCUCAUACUCAUAAGGCGGAACCUGUUGAAGAGCCUGUAAACGAGCCGGAGAGUGAAGAGGCAACUAUCUCUGACUCGUCAGAUUUACUGGCACCAGUCGGACGUCGGUCGACGAGAGUAGACUCUGCCGGAGAUGCCCGAAUGCGGAGUUUCGUCAGGGAGUACUGCAAGGCCGCUGCGACGAGAUACGUGGAUGCGAUCUGCUUAUACGUGAUCGAGCGAAGGCUCUUCAAAAAGUGCGAUGUCCGGGUUAAUGACUGGUUUAUGGAAGAUAAGUCCGCCUUGGCUCGGGUCCAGGAGUCUGCUCAAACCAGCUCGUGGCGGGAAAUUCUACCGGCUAAAAUCGAAAAUUUAAGCCAAGCCUUGGCGAUUCUUGAAAAAUGA